UAGAGAGCAAUUGCUUAAUGUGAUUUCUUUGAGUGCAUUCGGAGAAAAUAAAUCUCCAAUUGAGCGCAUGUGACAAACUUUUUAGGGUUCCCUGCUAUUUAGUUAUAUUUGCCCCUCCGUUAAUCGUGCGUCGCUUGCAACAUGGACGAUUUUAAAGUACUCACAAUUGUAUAUAUCUCGCAAAUCAAUCCGCUCUGGCUGAUUCCCUCCGUUGUCCUUAUGGCCCUUACGUUGGUUUGCUAUUGUUAUCACUGCCAUCAGUGCAUUCGCGAUCGCCGAACAGCUCGCAUCGAGGACCACAAAGCCCUCUUGCCACUGCCACUCAGUCGGCUUUCGAUCAUUCCCGGAUACAACGAAGUGGCCAGCACGAAACUGACGCAUAGCCGGAACAGCGUGGACAUCUAUUAG